GCGUUGUCGGCGCAUGGAUCAAGAUCGCAGUCGGAUUGUAGCAAUCACUGCAUAGCCCUAGCGGCGUUUCCUCGUUGACCGAGGAUAAUGCGAUGCGUCUGGCCGCGUCACAUCAACGGACAAUCAUCGGAAGCCUACGACAAGAAACAGAGCUGUUUGUGAUGAUCAGGGUCUACGAGGGCAUAUAAAGGUAGCCGGUGAACGAGGAGGAGUAUGCCGGAACGCAGGCCGUUCCGCUGGCAGAUCGUUACCCGACAGAUUCUAACCGCAUAGUAGCACGAUGAUUGAACUUGAUCUGGACCCAUCGACAAAGGAUUGUCUUCCUUUCGACUUCAUGCACGGCUACUCUUCCGCCUCCUACCAGAUCGAGGGGGGUUUCAAACAGGAUGGCCGAGGUCUUUCGGUCUGGGAUGACGUUCUCCGCGAUGCGCCUUUGGGAAACGGCGACGUCGCGUGCGACUCGUAUAAUCUAUGGAAAGACGACGUCCGUCUGCUGCAACAGUAUGGCGCAAACACAUACCGCUUCUCGAUUUCCUGGUCCAGAAUCAUUCCGCUCGGCGGAAGAAAUGAUCCUAUCAACCCAAAGGGACUGGCUUACUAUUCCAACUUGAUUGACGCGCUUCUCGAUGCAGGCAUCACCCCCUUCAUCACCCUGUUUCACUGGGACACUCCUCUAGCGCUAGAAGAGCGGUACGGGGGGUUUAACGCGACAGGUCAUCAGAAGGAGGAAUUGAUGCAAGACUGGGAGCGGUAUGCCGCCCUAGUCUUUGAUACGUUCGGAGACCGUGUCAAGCAUUGGAUCACGCACAACGAGCCCCAAAGCUAUGCGAUCUUGAAUGCUCGCGUAUUAAAGAAGGAUAACUUCGAUGUCGAAGUGGAUCGAUGGGUCCUGGGAAACAACCUGAUCCUGACUCAUGCUCGAGCUGUGGCGCUCUAUCGUCGCGAGUUCCAGCAACAACAGAAAGGAGUCAUCGGCAUCACGCUAGACAUUGAGUGGGUAGAACCACUGUUCGAUACUCCCGAAGCGAAGUUAGCUGCGGAACAGUCGGUUGAUAUACUAGCUGGAUGGUUCGCCGAUCCCAUCUACUUGGGCAAACAUAACGAGACCAUCAAGAAGUUUGCAAACGGCAAUUUACCAGAUUUUACAGCCGAAGAAUGGAAACUCAUCAAGGGAUCGUAUGAUUUUUUCGGUGUGAACCAUUACUCGACGAAAUGGGCUACAGGAGUCGUCAGGCAAGGUCUCACAUCGGACGAGCGGUACCACGGCGAUUUCGAGCACGUCACUCAGGAUCAGCAAGGCAAACCCAUCGGCAGGCGUGGGCACAACGAACAUCCCUACGACGUUCCUUGGGGUUUCCGCAAGCUCUUGAACGACAUCCGUCGGCGCUGGAUGGGGCCUCGGAGCGUACCUAUCUAUAUCACCGAGAACGGAUUCGCUGGGGAUCACGAGGGCGACCGCACACUGGAAGAGAUCGUCAACGAUGAGGACAGGCAAGAAUAUUUCCGAGGCUAUCUUGAAGCCAUGGCCAAGGCGGUCAAGGAGGAUGGAAUCGACAUAGCCGGAUACUUUGGCUGGUCGCUGUUAGACAACUUGGAAUGGAGCAUGGGUUAUGCCCCUAGAUUCGGCGUCACACACGUUGACAGGGAAAACGGUUGCAAGAGGACGCCGAAAGACUCCACCGUUGUCAUCAAGUCGAUCUUCCACCAUCUGGUGGCUAGAUCAGAGGGAGAUACAGCGCAGCCUGUCAUGUAAUACCGGA